UUUAGUGUAUGUAGAUACAAGUUGUAGUUUGUUACUGAAAGAAUGACAAAAAGACAGAGGGACGACAAAUAUGAAAAUGAAGUCAGAUACUUUCUAAACCCGGAGUCGGUCAGUGUACAUCUGUUUUGUUCAAUUUGCCAAGACGUUUUCCAGGACCCCCAGCGAGCUCCGUGUGGUCAUAGUUUUUGUAGAAAGUGUAUAUUACCAUGGUUACGACAGAGUAAAUCUUGUCCGGAAGACCGUAAACCUGUUAAUGAGAAACAAUUACAUCAUGACUUUAUAUUGGAAAACAUCAUUGGAGAUCAAAUGGUGGCGUGUCCGUACCGGAAGUCGGGGUGUGACUAUGUAGGACAGCUUCAGUUACUAGCAUCCCACAAGAAAACUUGUAACUUUAACCCCGUCAAUCUUCCUGAUUUUCUCAAGGCCACCGACAGCCUUUGUGAUAAUGACGUACUGAGUGUUGGUGACGAGUCAUCUAUCCCCACCCCUGGUAAACCCUCCCUCAAAAUGAGACUGUUCCAAGCCGGGGACAGCAGGAAGGAGUUGCUUAUGUCCAUGUUUGAUAAAAAGAAAAGCAGCAGUGUAUCGUGACGUCAGCCAAUCAGACUAGACCAUCAGUAUCUCGGGGUUAAUUUAUCUUGAACCUUCAUAUACAGCAUGUCAAUCUGGGGAUCAAGAAAACUUGUGUUUCCAUUGACAGGAAAGACUCGGCUUUAUAUAUAAGAAAGAUGUUGGAGCAGUGGCGGGGAACACACAACACGUAUAGGGUUAAAAUUUCCCACCAUUUAACGAUAUCCAAAUUUUUAUAAACUCCAAUGGGGGCUACUCCAUGAAUUAUGAAAAUUAACUGUGAUUUCUGGCGGUGUUUUGAUUAAUUAAGUCGGGGUACAUUAGAAAAAUGAAAAAAAAGAUGUUAAUAACAUUUGUACUCUUGUAUAUAUAUGUACAUAUGAAUAAACCGUCCUUGUUUUACCAGA